CAGCCAGCCAGCCAGUCGUCAGAUUGGAGUAGGUUAGUCACUCUUUAUAUAAGCACCCUCUCUGCUUUAAAAACAAUAGCCAUUAGCCGAGGCAGGGGAGAGUUGAAUUCGGGAUAGGAGAGACAGAGAAGACAGAGAUAGAGAGGAUGAAGGCGAUUCGCACGGCGAUCGGCGAUGCUGUGCUGACGUUCAUGUGGGUGUUCUGUGCCUCGACGAUCGGCACGUUCACCUCCAUCAUCUCGGCCGCCGUCGGGGCGCAAGGCAUGGCCACGCUCUUCAUCACCACCGUCCUCGUUUUCAUCCUCGUCUUCAUCUUCACCAUUGUCGGCGGCAUCUUGGGCGGCGCCAGCUUCAACCCCAGCGGCACCACCGCUUUCUACGCCGCCGGCCUCGGCUCCGGCUCCCUCAUCACCACUGCCAUGCGCUUCCCUGCUCAGGCAGCUGGUGCAGUUGGUGGUGCCUUGUCAAUUUCUCAAGUGAUGCCUAAGCAGUACAAACAUAUGAUUGGGGGACCUUCUCUGAAAGUUGAUUUACAUACGGGAGCCAUGGCUGAGGGGUUUUUGACCUUCGCACUUACCUUUGCAAUCCUUUUGAUUGUUCUUAGGGGUCCACGCAGCCUUGCAUUGAAGACUUGGUUAAUGGCAGUGGCAACUGUAGCAUUGGUUGUUACUGGUGCCCCCUAUACUGGACCUUCCAUGAAUCCUGCCAAUGCAUUCGGAUGGGCGUAUGUUAAGAAGAGACACGACAAAUGGGAUCACUUCUACGUUUACUGGAUUUGCCCCUUCAUAGGAGCAACAUUGGCUGGCUGGAUUUUCCGCGUUGUCUAUGCUCCCCCGUCGAAGCAGAAGAAAGCCUGAAAAGGGCUAAAAAAAGAAACAACCCCCUCUUUUAUCACCCACCCUUGUAGUGAACAUUUCUCUUCUCUUCUCUGUUUCUGUAGACAGCAGCUAGCUUCCUCCUGGAUUAUGUCGUCUCCACCAUUCUCAGUUUAGGAUUUGGUUAUUGAUUGUAUUUUGAAGAAUGUCCUACACCUACUAUGAUUAAUUUCCGCUGUUCUCUUCC